GUUUUAAUCUAUUAAAAAACAUUUUUUUUAUUACUUUAUAAAAAAUCAUGCAGUGAAGGGUUAAAGAAAAAUCAAAUUCUAGAAAAUAUCCAUGUUAUAAACGAGAUAUUUGAAAUUAUAAAAUUACUUGGUCGUCAAAAUUUACCAUUAAGAGGUUCUAAAAAUUCUGAAAGCUUAUACAAAUGGAAUGAUGAAGACAAUCUAAAUAAAGGAAAUUUUUUGGAGUUGGUACAGUUUACGGCUAAACGAGAUGCUACACUGUACAAACAUUUGAAUACUGCCAUAGAAAACAGCAAACGCAGAAAAGCAAAUUUGGAAAAGAAAUCAUUGGUUUCUUGUGGCAGGGGUUCACUUGUAACUUUACUGUCUAAAAAUACAGUAAAUAAAGUUAUUCUAUCUAUUGUGAAGUCAAUAAGAGAUAAAAUUAAAUUGGAAUUAGGUGAACAACAUUUUAGUUUGCAGAUUGAUAGUACACAAGAUGUUAGUGUUGUAGAUCAGGCAGCAGUGUGCAUCCGGUAUAUUUAUGAAGGAGAAGUAAAAGAAAGGCUAUUUGCCUUAUUAAAAGUGGUAGAUUCUUCUGGAAAUGGCUAUUAUAAUAUGUUAAAACAACUUUUUUCUGAACAUUCGAUUAAGUUCAACAAUAUCAUUGGUGAAUCAUUUGAUGGAGCAGCAAACAUGAGAGGGGAGUACUCUGGUCUACAAUCCAAAAUUAAAAACCAAGAAAACCCAAAAGCCAUUUAUAUAUGGUGUUACAGUCAUGUACUCAAUUUAUGCAUAUGUGAUACUUGUAAAAGUUUGGAAGCUAAGAAUUUAUUUGGAUUUUUGAAUCGAUUAUCAACAUUUUUUAGUGAAUCAUAUAAACGUAUGCUUGUUUGGUUACAAGAAAUUAAUUCAAGUUUGGGUUCAAAUAAAUUAAAAAAACUUCAAAAAAUAGGGGAAAAUAAUACACGAUGGUGGUCUCGAGAAAAAGCGUUGUAUUGGAUAUUUGAUGGAGAUCAGUGUCUUUUUCCAAUAAUUAUUUGUGCUCUAUAUCAUAUUUCCAUUUCUAGUAACUUUGAACCUAAAGUUUGUUUUGAAGCAUCUUCUUUAUUACAUAAUUUAUGUAACUUUAAAAUAAUUCUUACGGCUCAUAUAUUUAUGAAUAUCUUUAAAAUUGUUGGACCAACUUCUCGUUACCUUCAGACAAAAGGUAUGGAUUUAUUAUCAGCCUGGGGUAUGAUAGAUUCUAUAAAACAAGAAAUUGGACGGCUAAGUUUUGACUGUAUUUUAAACAAAUCUAUAAAUUUUUCGAAUAAUAUGAAUGAUUUACUUAGUAGUAUGAAUCUUCCUGAUGAUAUAUUAGUUUCAAGUACGUUUCCUGUUACAAGGAAAAGCAGAAAAAAGAGAAUGUAUGAUGAAAUAUGCGAAGAUGAAUCACCAGAAUUACCACUAGACAAGUUUAGAGUAGAUACAUAUCAAACAAUAAUUGACCAGAUAACUAUAAGUUUAAAUGAACGUUUUACUGACAACAAUAAAUUGAUAGCAGAUGUUCAGUACUUAUUACCUAAAAAUUUUAAACUAAUUGAACAAAUGCCAAAUACUGCAUUAAAACAUUUGGCAAAUUUAGCAAAUUUAGAACACAUACAACUUUGUUUAGAACUUAAAAACUUUUCUAAAGUUUAUCCAAAGAUAAACAUGUCUACAAUAGAGAAAACUAAACAAAUAUACCAUCAGCUUGACACUGAAUCAGAUGAAAAUACAGAUGACAAUGAAGAGAAUAUGUAUGAGAAUACAGCAUUUCCUUGUAAAAAUAAAACCACCAUUCAUGAUACAAACAAUUGCUUGCAAUGUGUAUAUAAACUUUUAUACAACUUAAACAUGCAUGUCUCUGCAUAUAGUGUAUUAUGUGCUUCUUAUGAGUUUUUUCUCACAUUAUCAGUCACCGAAGUCAACUGUGAAAGAACAUUUAGCAAAUUAAAGUUGGUUAAAACAAGAUAAAGAGCUAAUAUGUGCCAAGAGAAUUUGGAAGCACUUUUAAUCAUGAGUGUAGAAAAACAGUUAUUAAAUGACAUAGAAAUAACAAAGGUCAUUGAUUAUUUAAAAGCUAGUUCUAGUGUUAUGAGUAAAAUGUUCUUUGUAAUUUUCAUGUAAUUAAUAAUAAAAUGAUGUAAUAAAUUGAUUUAAAAAAAAAAAAA